AAAAACCCAAAAUUUAAAAUUGGUGGUGAUGUAGAUAACGAACAAAGACAGUUUUUUAAAGAUGCAUCAAAAGAAAUUAGAGAGUUGGGUUUAAAAGUAGCCCAUAGAAAUGUAAAAAAGAAAUCAAAGGUAGAUGAUUUAAAAAGCUCAGGAAGAAAAGUAAAGAAAUCUUUUGUUCCAUUUAAAAAAGCAAAAGAAACUCAUAGAGUUGAAAAGGAAAAACAAGACAAGUUAAUUUCAGAGGCAAUUUUAAGAGGUGAGAAACCAAUUUUACAAAAGAAAAAGAAAGAAGAAAAAAGCGAUGAACCAUCACUUAAAAUUGGUAAAUUUUCAAAUGGUACUUUGCUUAUUAACAAACAAGAUAUCAAAACUGUAUAUAAUAGUGGCAAGAGAGGAGGUAAAGGAAAUAGUAGAGGUGGUAAAAGCAGCGGUGGAAGAGGAGGUAGAGGUGGAGGUGGAGGUGGUAGAGGUGGAGGUGGUAGACAAGGCGGAAGAAGAUAA